AUGGAGAGAAUGCCAAUUGAACUCUUUCGAAAUGUUCUGCACGAACUUGACCCCUCUAGUCUCAAGAAUGUGAGACUGGCGAGCAAGCGAUGUGCGGAACUGGCCACCCCCAUCUUGUUCAGCGUGAUUAAGAUCUUCGGCCCAGGGCAGAAUCUCUGCCUCUUUAUCGGCACUCAGCACUAUCCAAAGCGGUCCGUUGAGUUUGGAAAGCUGCAUGAGGCGAUUGACGAAAUCCUGCCAAUCGCCCGUGGUGCAACGCAGUUGGUGUUUGCUCCAUCAUUUUACCGACAAGGAUUCUGGGACGACUAUCGGAGAUACUUGAAUCAGCAGAUAGAGGAACCCGUGGACGAACUUGAUAUGGAUUAUUUCGAGGACGGGGAUGAGGACGAGGACGAGGACGAGAGUGAGGGCGAGACCGAGGAGGAUCGCUGGGAAGCCCGGGUUCAGGCCGUCAUCGCUAGAAGGGCAGCCCGGCCUGACGUCGAAAGGGACCUAAUCCGAGUAGCUGAGGAGCAUUGGAGUCUAAGGAGACAGGAGCAAGAAGCAAACAGCGAGAGAGUUGAAGCCUCUCUAAUUGAGCUCAUCUCGCGCACAAACCUCAAAGAGAUUGAAAUCCAAGAAUGGGAAUUCGACGGCUUUGGAGGCCUCGAUUUCUUCAGCUACGAGAUCGGUGGAAAUCGGAAAGACUCAUCACCUACCGCUCAUUAUCUGCAUGUCAUUGCUAGCUGCCUUUACAAGUGCGGCCGCCACAUCGAGAAGCUGCACGUUCAUGAACUCAACCCGGAGCUGAUUCAAGAUUCGCCCGCUAUGCGUUUUGCGUUCGAAGGUCUUCGUCACCUUAGGCUUGACAUAUACGAUGUGGACUCUCUUCUUGAGAAUUCAUCCUUUGACCACGCGCUGCCCAAGCUUCUCGAACAUGCCGGCCCUACUCUGGAACGCAUUGAAUUGGUAUCCGGCAGCAAAUGGCCUCAGCUUCCGAGCCGUGGUGUGCAUUUGUUGAGCAAGAUCUUCAACCGGAAAGAGACAAACACGUUGCUCUGUUUCCCCAACCUCCGGUCCUUUCGACUUGUCUCUUUGAUUGUUAGCACUACCUCCCUGUUAGAAUUUGUGGCCGCUCAACCAAAGAUCACCAACCUUGAGUUUAGCUAUGUGUAUCUGGCUACUUCAGGCAUGGGGUGGACGUCUCUGGCCAGCGCCCUUCCUGCCUCUGUGGAGACCUGGGAGGUAUCUGGUAGGCUUGGCCAGGAACCGACCCCAGGUUUCAAUCCUCCGAUUGCAUACAACUGGUGUGCUGAUUGGAACUAUGCCGAAGAUCCAUUGCCUCUUGAAACAGGCUGGAAGGGGGAGGCCGUGGGCCCGGCUCGGACUCGGUUCCGCAGAAUCGGGAAUUCCAGCAACGAAGAAUGA